AUGUACUCGCCGUCGGCAUACGGGCCGCCGUCGUCUUUCUCUUCCGGCUCCGCCUUCGCCUCGUCGACGUCCUCCUUCAGAGCGGCCGGAUCACCGUCCUCGUUCGGGUUCUACAGUGGCCAGCGUUCGACGUCGCCGACUCGCGUCCACCUCGCCGGAAUCUCGUCGUCUUCGUCAGCGCCGUCGACGUCGUUCCGUCUGUCCAUCGUCGAUCGCCCUACCUCUCCUGGUAGGUCGCUCUCCGUCUCCACACGGGAUCACCAGAUUGUGAAGAGGCCGAUCGCGCCGCCUGCAUCUACGCGCCGGCGGACGUGUAUGUGCUCGCCGACGACGCAUCCUGGCUCCUUCCGCUGCGCGCUUCACAAGAACACCGGGCCUCACCACGGCAACGGAGGGAACAUCACGGCGCCGUCAAGUAGGCUCAACAUGAGGAGGUCGGCCAUGACAAACUCGCUGGUACGGAUCGGGACCGUCGAGGGAUCGGAUCUGAUCAAGCGUGCUCUCUCGUCGUUGAUUCGCCCCUCCUCGCAUCAGCAGCGCCGGCGGUUCGACUUCCAGCCGCGGCCCAGCAGGCUCUCAAUCAUGUACAAGGCCGUCGACUGA